AGGCCAGGUUGCGGCUCUCAGGUUGCCCCCUCCCGGUCUUCGGCGAGGAUUCCCGGCCUCGGCCUGGCCCGCCUCCAUAUGGCGAGGCCCCCUCCGCGGGGGCCCGCCGCCGCCCUCGGCGCCUCGCUGUUCGCGGCCGCGCUGGUGCGCGCGGGGGGCACGGCGGGGCCCGGCUGCGUGGCCGUGACCGGCACGACCGGGAAGGUUGGGCGCCUGGCAGUUCAGCAGCUCUCGGCGCAGGGCUACCAGGUGCGCUGCCUCUCGCGGCACGAGGCUGACGCGGCCGCGCCGAGCAGCGCCGCAGACGCGUCGCCCGCCGCCGUGACGGCCUGGGUCGCGGCGCUGCCGGGUGUUACCCUGGUGCCCGGCGACGUCACCGACGCGGAGUCGGUGAGGAUCGAGGCUGAUGGAAGGGUGCGACGCCUGCCUGGCGCUGCACGGAUCGCGGCGGAUCUCGCAGCUCAGCGAUUUGUGGCAGGACCCGACGUCGGACCCGAAGCACCCGAAGAGCGUCAACUGCGUCGGCGUUGGGCACGUCAUCCAGGCCGCGCGUGACAGCGGCACCUGCAAGCGCGUGGUAAGGCUGACAGGCAAGGGCGAGAGGCCCUGGGACCUGUUCUCCAUUCUGCUCAACGGCCUCGGCUCGAUGGCGAAGGCGUGGAACUACGAAGGGGAGAUGCUGCUGCGGGCCUGCCCCGACGUCGAGUACACCAUCAUCCGCCCAGGAGUCAUGGGGCCCAUGAGCGAACUGCCGCCCGCCUCCCUGGCGCUGGCCGACAACGGGGGCGACCUGAAGGUGUCGGCGAUCCCGCACGCGGCGGUGGCGGACCUGAGCAUCCGGGUGCUGGGGCAGCCGAACGCCGCCCGCGCCACGCUCUGUGCGAUGACGGUGCCGGAGGGCGAGGGUGCGGACGACUGGCAGGCGCUGCUGGAGAGCGUCUCGCCAGACCCACACGAGGUCUUUCCGAGGCCACGACCUGUUCGAGGAGGCCGAGCUGGCGGUGAGGGUGGGCCUGCCGGCGCUGGCGGCGGUGGCGAUUGGACUGGCGAUCGGCCUGCUGGCGGCGCUUCGCGGGCUGCUGCCUGUGUGAGCAGGCGUUGCGGCGGAGUUCGGCGCGGUGAUGAGCUGACAACUGAGCACCCGUGCCUAUGCGACCCCCAGGGUUCUCGGCGUGGCAGGGUGUCGUUUCCUCGUCUGGCUCAGCGCUCCUUGCCCCGUCACCUCCCCCACUCUCACCGUCGAGAGUUGCGCCUGCAUCCCGCCCUUUGCUCUGCGGUGUCACCCGCUGGCUAUGAGCCUGCAUCCUGCGGCGUCGCUGACCGUAUGCAUCGCGUGCCCGCCCAAGCGAGGAACUACCACAUCUAAGCACAGCA